UGCGAUUACUUGAGGUCAUUGGCACCGAGUUGCGGCACCGAUUGGUCCUUGAACUUGACGUUGGCUGUGGUCCCCAUCCGUGCGCUCUUCUUGACUGAACAGCAACGAAAAUGCUUAGCUUUGAUUCAGUCCAAUCAAACUGAUAUUUAUUACGAGCUUGAGUUGCUUAAGAGAAAUGUGGCCAAUCUCCCGAAUGAGGAGGACAUGAAGCUGAUGAGCCAUGUAUGCGGUGCUUUUUAUACGAAUGCCUUCGAAACGGUAACAGUUCAUGAUAAGGAUCGUUCCUCAAGUUUGCGAGGCCUCUAUCCUAUAGCAGCAUUACAAAAUCAUUGCUGUGUACCGAAUACCAGCCAUCACUUCGACGCGGAAUGCAGGCUCUAUGUCAACACGACUCGUCCGAUCUCUGCCGGCGAGGAAUUGACUAUGACAUAUACUAGUCUAUUUUGGGACACCACGUUGCGAAGGCAAUUUUUAAGCGUCACCAAACAGUUCUCCUGCAUGUGCGGGAGGUGUAGCGAUUCUACUGAGUUUGGAACUAAAUUAGGUGCUCUCUUGUGCGCAUCCGAUAAAUGUUCUGGACAGUUAUUGCCUCGCGAUCCGCUUAAUAUUAAAAGUCCUUGGGUCUGUGAUAAGUGUACCUUAACUAUAAAUCAUCGGCAGGUACAUUCGAUUUGUUCAGGUAUAGCAGCCGUAACGGAAGAGCUUUUAUAUAAAACUCCACGACAAAUUUUUAAGUUCAUGCAAAGGGAAUUAAUGCAUUUGGUUCCUCGGACUAAUUAUCUUCUCGCAGACGUAAAGUUUCGAAUCAUUUCCUAUUUCGGCAGGAACGAUGGAGUCACGUGGCAAG